GACAGUGCUGUGCGGACCGUUGCCCGAUCAGCAUGUCAGUAACGGUUCUGGUUGUAAGGCUGACGACGACUACCAACAAUCACGUGUCUUCUUCGAGUUGAGUUGAGUUGCGUCCGGUCAGACGUUCUGGAUCCUUCCGCGCAAGAGGAUCAACCACUGUCACCGGCCCAGCCCCAAGGUGAGCCUUCCCACCCCAAAAUAUCUCAGAAAACUUCAUGUCUUCCUCUAUGUUGUCUUUAUGUGGACUGACUCCUCGGCCUCCUGAAACUACAUUGUGAUCCCUCCGUGUCUCAUCCCACCCAUCAUCAUUGUUUUGUUAUUGUGAAGUGUUCAUAUCUCAUUCUCAAUCCCCACAAAUCACAAAAUCAGGUGUCUCGGUACUUCUGAAGUGUUAUCAAAUUUUUAUCUCGAAAAUUGACAUGACGACAAUUAGGAGAAGACGGAGACGACCGAAUUCGGAAUAGUGUUUCGUAUGGGACGGUCUGCCUGCAGUGCAGAAACUAUGAGGAUUAAAUUAUGAUAAAUUUGACUCAGUGUGCGAACAGCAAUUCUGCAGCAGCCAACGGCACCAGCGACGCUAACAACAAUCAAAGGACUGUACACGCUAAGAAACGGAUAUACUACUGCAAUCAGGAGGAGAGCCACAGAGAAGUUCUACGCCCAUCAGGCCAACCGCCUCAUCCAGCGUCAUCAAGUAUGCUUCUACUGCAGACGCAGACAUCUUUCGGUUCAAGCAGUUUCUCAGAGCUGCUGACAGCUCCAUAUCCAGACGAAUCAGCCGGCUCUCUAGCCGAAGAGCUCGACCCCUUCCAGGACGUGUUCUCAGGCAACAACGGACAGGAGGGAGCAGACAGCGUGCCCCUGCCCAGCUUCCAGGAGACCUACUCCAGUCUUGGCUUCAAGAUGGAUGACGAGUGCUUUGGGUACCCGGGCCAAGCCGCCCCCAGCCCAGGGGGGCACUUCGAGACCUACCACCCCCACCACCAGCACCAUCACCCCCACCACCCCCACCAUCACCACCCCCACCAUCACCAUCAUCAGCCGCAGCCGCAGCCGCAACCGCCGUAUCCGCCGGCCAACACUCCCGCACCCGCCGCCGCCAACACCCCUGUGCCGCAUCCACAUCCCCACCCUCACCCGCACUAUUACCCGCCGCACCAGCACUUCGAGCCUUCGCCGCCACAGGACUCCUACUCGCUGCCCCACUUCCCCACCCCCACUGCCGCCGAGCUCGCCGUCAACACCGCUCUUGGCUCCAGGCAGAGGCGAGCCUCCCUACCGCUCCAGAGAUCAGAGUCCACCAGCAGUAGCAGUAGUGAGUCACCAAAACUGCGACUGGGUCUGAACAUAUCACCGGCCUCCUCAUCACCACCUCCACGCGCCUCCAAGCAACCGCCCCCACCACCGCCCUCCGCCUCGCAGCCGCCUCCGGCCCCCGGGGUCACCCCUCCCUCUCCAUCCCAGCUAUGCGCUGUCUGUGGUGACACGGCUGCCUGUCAGCACUACGGUGUCAGAACCUGCGAAGGAUGCAAGGGUUUCUUCAAGAGGACGGUGCAGAAGGGCUCGAAGUAUGUGUGCCUGGCGGAGAAGGCGUGCCCAGUGGACAAGCGACGCCGCAACCGCUGCCAGUUCUGCCGCUUCCAGAAGUGCCUGGUGGUGGGCAUGGUGAAGGAGGUGGUCCGCACCGACUCGCUCAAGGGUCGCCGCGGUCGACUGCCGUCCAAGCCAAAGUCGCCGCAGGAGUCGCCUCCCAGUCCGCCCGUCAGCCUCAUCACAGCCCUCGUUCGCGCCCACGUCGACACCAGUCCCGAUCUCGCCUCUCUCGACUACUCCCAGUACCGAGAGCCGAUGCCGAUGGAACCACCGAUUACAGAGGCAGAGAAAAUUCACCAGUUUUACAACCUUCUAACGACGUCAGUGGAUGUUAUACGACAUUUCGCUGACAGAAUUCCGGGUUUCAGCGACUUCUGUCGGGAGGACCAGGAGCUUUUAUUCCAGUCGGCAUCGCUUGAACUCUUCGUACUGCGACUUGCUUACAGGACAAGAGUGACAGACACAAAGCUGACCUUCUGCAAUGGAGUUGUUCUUGAUAAGCAACAAUGCCAACGCAGUUUUGGAGAUUGGCUGCACUCAAUCUUGGAGUUCUGCCAGAGCCUUCAUGCAAUGGAGGUUGACAUAUCAGCGUUCUCUUGUCUGUGUGCUCUCACGCUUAUCACAGAGCGCCAUGGAUUGAAAGAGCCGAAUAAGGUUGAACAACUUCAGAUGAAGAUAAUCAGCUCUUUGAGAGACCACGUGACCUACAACGCAGAAGCGCAGCGCAAGUCGCACUACUUCUCGCGGCUGUUGGGAAAACUGCCUGAGUUGCGGUCUCUCAGUGUGCAAGGACUGCAGAGGAUCUUCUACCUGAAGCUGGAAGACUUGGUUCCAGCGCCUCCUCUCAUAGAGAACAUGUUUGUUGCCAGUCUGCCAUUUUGAAAAACUUUCUAGGACGUGAAUACUUCAACGCUUCACUCUUAUACUAUAGUAGUUUUGCAAAUUCUUGAGACAUUCUAAUAAAUUAUCUCUGUCAAGUGCAAGUGUCAUCGCUAUUGUCUUCGCAAGAAUAGGAGAGGGCAACCAUCUUCUUAUUCUCAAUUUAAUCAAUGGAAAACUCCUUCGCACAACAAAAUAAAAGAAACUCGCUGUAUGGAAAUUCUGGUAGAGCUCAACAAAUUAUUUGGAUUUAAUUUAUAAUAUUUUCUAACAAAAACUCUCUUAAUAUCCAUUACGGUAGAAUAUGGGAGACUAAAAAAUAUUUCUGUCAUUUGAAUCGCUAACCGCUCAAACAGCAAUACAGUACGGUACCUACAAAUAUCAUUCAUGUUGAGUUGUCAGCACCUUCUGAAUUUAUCCAGAUUGCAAUAAUAUUAAUAGUAAUAAUUCUGUCCUUAAACUGUUUAAUAUCACUGAAAACUCAAAUAAAGCAAUAAUAAGUUACUUGAAGAAUUAUAAAAAAUAUAUUUUGUAUUAAAUGAUAAAUACUUAUAUGAGCUACUUCUUGUUCUCAAAUGGACUGAAUGGUGAUGCUAUUUAUGAUGCCAUCAAAAAUGUUGGUAGGUGAAUCGAUUAGGUAGUAAACCAAAAUCAAUAAUUGAAACAUGUAUCAUGAAUUUAUUCAAAAAUGUACGCUUGGACUAAAAAAUAUCAAUAAUUGUUUUUAAUGUAUAAAUAUUAAUUACGUCUACUACUGGUAACUUGAGUGGUCCAAAAUCAGCAUUUAUUUAGCCUAAUAUUACUGGAAAGCAGCAUUUUUUUAAUAUGAAGGCUUACAAAAGUACUAUUCACUACACAAUAUUACAAAUACAAAUUUGUUCGACCAACUACGAGUAUUUCCAAACUCGUAUAAUAAUAUCACCAUUCAGUUUAUCUGGGUGUAAUUACUGGAACAGUCUAUAAAAUCUUGAAUGUUAAGUAUAUAAUAUCACGAUUUCAAAAGAAUGUAACUUAUGUAUUCAUUAGCUUCAAUGAACCAUAAGCUACAUUAUUGUUAUUCGUGGCAGCGAGUCAAAUCGAUGAAAUAGGAUGACAAAAAAGAUUAUUGUCGAAUCGUGGAUAUGGUAUAAAAUGAUACAGUAGUUUCAAUAAAAAUAUGUCAUGCCUUUUUAAAAAAAAAAACACGACUUACCGAGAAAUCAAGCAUUCUCACAAAUUAUUACGAACUACGUAAUUCUAAAGUCUCUUCGAUUUUUGAAGAUGUUACAACCAAUUAUAACCAGGAAAAUAUUUAAAUUCAAUCUGAAUCUUCAAUAUUUUAGCUGAAAAUUUACUCACAUUUCGUACUUGGUAGGUAACUCUUUUUGUUAAUGAGUUGUUGAACGAAUACUGUCUUCAAAUUUGUCCCACUACACUUUUUCAAUACUAAUUAAGCUAUUUAAUUUCAUUCUCGAGGCAAACUGAUUUUGGCCUUAUCAGUUGCGAACUAUUUUCAACCAAUAAUAUUGAUUUCCUUUAUUAUUUUUACCUACAAAAAUAUGAAGUUUAUGAUAUAUAUAUUAGGUAUAUAAUGAAUUGAUUCUCAUAAUAACAAGUAAUAUGAAUUUGUCAUCUGACAGUGCUUAAAAAAAUUAAUUAGUCUAUAAAUUAUUAAAAUAAUAUUUCCUGAGAUUCGGUUCAUGUUAUAGAAAGUUAACAUUAACAAACAAGGAAAAAAUAUUAUUUAGUAGCCAAAAACUCCUCAUACAAUUCAAUUGAUAUGUACUGUACACAAUUAGCGUACUCUUAUCCAAUUAAAUCAUCAUAAACAAGGAGAUAUUUUGUGGAGAUCACUAAAGAGUAAAUCACUGCUUAGGCUACAUUCUGAGACUGAGAUUGAAUUGUUCAUUGGAAUUAUGAUAAAAUUUUAGGAAAUCAAGAUCUCAAAAUGAAAUAUACUACUGUAUAAUAUAUUAUUUAUUAUCAUUGAAUAUUUCGUUCAAUUUAUGAUUGUUAUUAUAAUAUCCCGUUCUUAAUAAUCAACAUAGGAUUUAUAAAAAGAAAGCCAACAAGAUAGAUCUUUGAAAACACAGGUGUCAUCUUCCUCAAAGUACAAGAUUGCUACAAGUGACCUACUUCUGAAUAGUAUAUUUUCACAAAUUUAUAUCUAUCAUCACAAAUAAAGAUGUACCAUGAUGAAGCAAAUUAUACAAUUCUCAACAGCUAAAAGCAGUAAUUUAUAUUGAUAUCUAUUCUUUUAUACUUCAUGGAAGUCUUUUUAAUGAGCUUUAGGAUCGUUUCAAUAGUUUCCUGAUGCCUAUAAAAUGGAAAAUCUGUGAAUAAAGCUUAUCUAUGAAAAAAGUAGCAAUUCUAUGUAAUGUUGUAGUAUAUAUUAUCAUAUUGUAAGUCUAGCUCUGCUAUCUAUUUUUGUUUAUAAUUAUAUUUAAUGUACGGCAUGCACAUGAUAAAUUAUUCAAUUUUGUAAAUAUGUGUUGACAACAUAGAUUGGAAUAUAUUUUGUAUAAAAACAAUGAUUAUACUUUUGGAGAGAGAUAUUUGGAAGGAAUUACGAGUGGGAAAUUCGCACUGGAGUAGAGAGUACGAAUUGAUCGAGGCCUAAGGUGACAAAAAUAGUGAAAGACUUUUGUAUAGAGCAAUUUAGUAGCAUCGAGAGAAAGAGUUUAGUGGGAACGUUGCAUACUGUAUUCUUUAGGAGAAGAGAUUGGCUGUGUUGAUAUCCGAUUUUGAAUAAGACCAAGUUACCGCAUCGGAGGUAGCUAUAGCUGUCACCUGUGAUUGGGCUCCAAUGGCAAUGAUCGCCUUCUAAUAUUCGAUUAGAUAGCAAACUCUUGCUGCACCUUAUCAGGGUGGUGUGAGGAACGCAAUAAAAGCAUCAUUACAACAAUAUUGUUUUCUCUUGUAUAAAAAGGUCAACCAAACUUGCAAUAUGUUCAAUUUGCAUUUCAUUAAUUAUUGUAAUAUUGUAUUCGCAGCUCAUGGCAAACUUAGAAACUGAGCAUAAUUUUUUUCUACAUGUAUUACACUCAAAAUCGAUUUGUCAUCUUUUUUUAGUUACCAUUAAUGCCAUAAGAAUUGUAGUAAUCAUAUUACUGACAGUAUCAAUAUUAUUUUUUAUAUUUAAAAUUUUUAUAUUUUGUUGUUAUUUCUGUAAGUUAAAUGAUAGAUUUGUACAUUUAAUUUUGUGUGAAUUUAGUCAUCGAUGUGUACAGUAAUUUCCCAUUAAAGUACUCGGCUCCCUUCCAGUCUUAAUAAAAAUGUCAUUAGAGAACACGAUAACUGUGAGUUUCGGCACAAUAGUUGUAUUACGGUAUAUCUCAUAUUUUUGGCAAUGCCAGAAAACUGCAUUGAACAGCUAGUUUGUUAGUGUCUACUAAUUCACUAUAUCUGCAAAAAUAUAAAAGUUUCUACUUUGUUUUGUACUCAAAGUUAUCAUAAACGAAGCUGGAAAAUGAAUAGGAAGUUCAUGCUUUCGAGUAACUGUAAUAUAAUUUUUAUUUACCUUUUUUCAGCGUUUCAUCAAUUCUAUAGAAUAUUAUAUUUUGAUAAAAUUCAUCAUAAUAUCAAAAAUUUACUUUCAACAAAUUAAAUUCAUGGAUAUUGAUUGUUGUAAACAAACUUAUUUCGUGGUAUUAUAUGAGAUACAGCGAUAGAGGAUAUUCAAAAUCUAAAUUUUCCAACUCAUUAACUUGCUUAUCAUAUUUCAUCAAUAGAUUAUUAAUUAUAAAUUUUUGUCAUGGAAAAUUGAUAAGUCGAUCACUCCAUGAAGUCUGACAGAUUUAUUCAUGGCUCCCUGAUAAGUAAGCUCUCAGCAGUGAGUUCAGAAUCUAUUCUGUAUUUUAAUGAUGUCUUAUUGUUUUAUUUGAAGAAUCUCUUGAUUCAAUUCAUUUGAAGACCUACUUAAAGAAUCUAUUAGCUGGAAAAAUGUAGAUUAAAAGCAAGUGGCAUAAAAUAUCAAAUAAAUUUGAAAACUACGAAUUGCUUUUUAGAAUUGAAAUAUAUUUCAAAAUAAUAUUUUGAAGCAGAGGCUGCGUUGUGCUGGACCUACUUUAUGCCCUAGUAGAGCCUGACUGUUCGAUGGUCCAGUGAAAUCGAAUAGUCUUGGCUCAACUCAUAUACUUCAAAUAAGUACCCAGAGCAACACUAUUGUAUAGAGUAAAAACAAGACAAUCCAUUUUUUGAUUCGUUUAAAGACAUUUAUUGGUAUACUGUCAGAAAACUUUCAUGAAUCUCUCCUAAAAUACUUUACCGGUACUUCAAAAAUAAUAUUGAUCAUUCAGAUUACAAAAUUCUAAAAAACAACAACGCUUUUCAAACAGGGUAUCCAACCAUAGUUUCAUAGUUAUCUCAAGAGUAAAAAACUACCCAGAAUAGAUUCCAUUUUUCAGGAAUGAAUUAAUGAAUAUGUCGAAAAUUGAACAGCUAUAUCAUAUUUAUUUAUAAUCCCAAUACCAACUGUUUUUGAACAAAUACUUACAGGUUAUUAUCAAUUCCGCUCAGCAAAAACAUAUACAUUUUGAUCCUAUUAGUUGGAAAAGCAAUAAAUAAAGAAACACAUUUCCUAGUCUGCCUGGUCACAUCUCUUCCUAUUCAGAUCAAAUCCGAUAAUUGUUUUUUUUAAGUUAGUAAAUCGAAAACACAUCAUCUUCUGUAAAGAAUAUUGUUGACAUUGGGAAUCUGCGGAGACUAAAUAUCAUAAAUGACUGUUAUCUUUAGGAUAUUUUCAUACUCAUAUACAAUAUUAUUGAAAAUUUUCCAUAUUAUAGCACGUAUGAUUAGAUGCUUUAGUGUUGAAUUCUAUACGAAAUCUAUUUCCAAAUAAAAAGGUUGGCUUCAAAUGAGUGAAAAGGAGAUUUCUUACUUUGAAUUGAUUCUGAUUUUCAAUGGAAUGAGAUGAUAGAGAUUUUUGAACUGAUGAGAGGAGCAGUUACUGACUAUUUUUAUAGCAUGUUUGUGAUGAAGCCGUCGUCUAUUAUUGUGUUACAGUAUCAUGAAAAGGUAAUAGUUCUGAAAAAAUACCGAAUAUUUCGCUUCAUGGUGAUAAGACAUAUAUUUGUCUGUUUUAAAACAAUAACCCAAUUGCUAUUUUUGUAUAAAGAAGCUCACUUGAUUAGUGGAAAUACACUCUUGCAUCUGUACCAAAACGUUAGAUUUCUCACUUAAAAUACCUGUUCUCUUUUUAUACUCUUCGAUUAAGGAAUAUUUUUAUCAUAGGACUUUAGAUUGUUUCAUUUGAUGUAAGAAUGUGAACAUAUCGUUUAGAAAAACAGCUCUUUGUUGCUACAGUUAAUAUAAUUAUGUAUUAUUAUUAUUGUUUCUUAAUGACAUGGAUUCAAUUGCCAAUAUAUUAUUGUGUUGUUGAAA